AUGGCUUACAAUUUAGACCUCUCCAGUACUGCGAGUAACGCUCCGUCACAGGCAGACAACGCGAAAACGUUUCCUUUCCAAGAGGCACAAAGACGAUAUCUGCGAUACGGAUCCAGUAUAUCAAAGGGAUGGCAUCGCCAAAGAUUACAGAAGUCUCUCUUGCCUCGUAUAGGAAACGCUUCUUUAUCUUACUCGAUAGAGGUGCGACAGCGAAUGCAAGCGCUGCCAUCCCAGGCGUUUGAUCCUAAAUCCCAUGCCAAUCCAGCGGAACCCAAUAUUGAAGGCCAAUACGAACUCAACUCUACGUCAGGCACUUCAGAGCGUCAGAGUCAAGUCCGGGUGCUCGAAUUACCAUCGAAAGCCCAAUGCUGGGACCACGGCUGCAACGGCCGUGAAUUCUCCACAUUCAGCAAUUUUAUGAGACAUCAGCGAGAAAAAUCUGGCGCGGCUACUAAGUGGGAAUGUCCUCACUGCGGUGCUGUUUUUACGAGAUCUACAGCGAGGAACACUCAUAUUGCUCAGGUCAAGUAUGAUCAAGCUAGAUACAAAUCUUUGAUAACUUCCGGAAAUUGGUACUGCGGAAUCGAAAGCAGGAAGGACACGUCCCAAGUCCGCUGGCUCCGCUAUAUAUGGGAAACACGGAGCCACAGGAAGCCGGCGAGAGGUUGCGUCAAACCAAGUGGCAAUGCCAGAAUCCUAAAUGUUCCAAGCUCACACCUCGGACCAAGGCCAGUCUAUUCCGUCACAGCCGUGAAGUCUACAGGGCUGCAUCAGAUUGGUUGCGAUGUCAGCAUCCUCAAUGUUCCAAGCACACAUUUAAGACCAAUAGCACUCUAUUACGCCACAAUCGUGAAGCCCACAGGGCUUAUGGCCACACAGGCUUUCUGUGUUUAUUUGAGCAAUGUGGUCGAGCUACUUCUGGGAGGGCUUUUUCGCGCAAAUGGAAUUGUUACGAUCACAUGCGAAGAACUCAUCAUUAUGCUGGCAGUUAUGAUGACUUCUCGAAAUCGCAAGUUUUUAAUGCUCGUGAAAAUUGCCGCCCUAGCUGUUGGCAGCGAAGACAGCAUCGAAUCUUUUCUUCCCAACAAUGGGGGCAGGUUUUCUCUUUUGGAAGGAUGGUAA